UAAAAUGUUUUGCAGUGGGAUAUAAAAGUCUGUGUUAAACAAAGAAGCAGAUGCAAACAUGAUUUGAAGUGCCUACAGCAUGAGUGAACGUCAGGAAAUUUUUUCAAAAAAAUUUUGCCAGUGAAAAUGGAGCAAGACGGGGACGCGAUUAUCUUCACCUGCAACGACCAUCUUAUAAAAGCUCUCAAGAGAAUGGACGGCUUUCGGAAGAAUUCUAAACUUUGUGACAUUGUUUUAGUGGUUGGGGAGAAAAGGAUAAAGGCUCAUCGCCUUGUUCUUGCUGCUUUUAGCGAUUACUUUAGCGCUAUGUUCACUGGCGACCUGGCCGAAAAUCGCCAAGAUGUCGUUCAUUUGAGCGAUAUGGACCCGCAAGCAGUUGAAGCCCUCAUCCAAUAUGCCUACACUUCUCACAUUGAAAUUCGAGUGGAUAAUGUCGAAGGACUUCUCUCUGUGUCUUGCAUUUUACAGAUUGAUGAAGUGAAAGAAGCUUGCUCGGAAUUUAUGAAGCAUCAGCUACAUCCAUCAAACUGUUUGGGCAUUCGUGCCUUUGCUGAUGGCCACAAUUGUACCGAACUUUUCAAAAUUGCUGACGCUUUCACAAAAGAACGCUUUGUUGAAGUUGUCAAAAAUCAAGAAUUCCUGCUUUUGAAUGCCGAAUGUGUAGCACAGCUUCUUUCUAGUGAUGAUCUAAAUGUUAACUCGGAAUCUCAAAUUUUUGAUGCUCUAUGUGCCUGGGCAGAACACGAUGAAGAAAAUAGAAGAAAGGUUUUGCCGAGAUUGCUUGGACUAGUUCGGUUGCCGCUGCUCGCGCCAGAAUUUCUUGUUGAUAAAGUCGAGAUGUCAUCUCUUUUUCGUGAUAUGCCCUGCAGGGAGCUUAUUAUAGAGGCCAUGAAAUACCAACUCCUCCCCAAACGGCGCUUUCAAUUUCAAAACUCAAGGACAACUCCGAGAAAAUCGACAGUGGGAAAACUUUACGUAGUUGGUGGAAUGGAUUCCUCCAAGGGAGCGAUUCAAAUUGAGCAUUAUGACCCUCGCAAAAACCUGUGGUCUGUGGUGUCGCCAAUGGUCACCAGAAGGCUGCAAUUUGAUGUGGCUGUAGUAGAUGGCAAUUUGUAUGUUGUUGGAGGCAGAGAUGGACUGAAGACGCUGAAUACUGUGGAAUGUUACAAUCCAAGGACAAAACAGUGGAGUCCUGUGCCAUCCAUGAGUACCCAUCGUCAUGGAUUGGGUGUGGCAACUUUGAAUGGCCCUCUCUAUGCUGUCGGUGGCCAUGAUGGUUGGUCUUACUUGAGUACUGUUGAGAGAUUUGAUCCAGAUACCAAGCAGUGGAGUUUUAUUGCAGCCAUGACGACGGCAAGAAGCACUGUUGGAGUCGCUGUUCUUAAUGGCAGACUGUAUGCAGUUGGAGGUAGAGAUGGUGCUGCAUGCCUUAACUCAGUGGAGUGCUAUGACCCUCACACUAACAAGUGGUCAAUAAGAUGCCCAAUGCUGAAGAGGAGAGGAGGUGUGGGCGUGGCUGUUCUUGAUAAUUUCCUGUACGCACUGGGUGGACAUGAUGCACCUGCAAGCCAAGACUGCUCUCGUCAAUUUGAUUCUGUGGAGAGAUACAACCCCAACACAGACCAGUGGACUAUGGUUGCACCUAUGAUCAACUGCCGUGAUGCUGUCGGAGCUGCAUGUCUUGGUGACAGACUGUACGCCAUUGGAGGAUAUGAUGGAUACAAGUAUUUGAGUGCAGUGGAGUCAUACGAUCCUGAGAGGAACAAGUGGGAGGAAGUUGCCUCUCUAAACUCUGCCCGAGCUGCAGCAUGUGUUGUGUCUGUGCCAAACAAUCCAGUUGCAAGUUAACACUUGUGGCACAUUGCAAGGAGGCAACUAUGUAUAAUGUAAACAUAGUGUUGACACAUUUUAACUCUCAUACCCUUCUCUCCAAAUGUAAGCUAACCAUUCUCAGCCUAGCACAACUGCUGUCAAUCAGGCUGUCAAUCAGUUGAACUGAGACCGGUUUAGAAUCGCUCACAGAUAGUCAGAAUCCAAAGUCAGAUAUCCUUAAGAUUUAUUCUAGUCAAAUGCAGAUCAUCUGAUUCCAUAAAUAAACAUUUCAGCUGUAAAAGUACAAGUAAGGUAUUUAUUAGACUGUAAGAACAGUUUUUCUUUGUUAUCACUAAUCAGGGUGUUUACUGUUGUUUUGUUAAAUAGUAAAAUGCAAAAUAUAAGUAACUAGAAAAAAUCCCUUGUGGAAUAUUAUGUAAGUUAAGUGGUGUUCUUCAGAUUUUUGCCAUGGUUUUAUAAUUUAUUGGGUUCAUAUUUACAUAUAAUUUUCUUUGUAGCAAGACUUAGUGGUCUGAAGUAAAACUUUUCCGCAAAAAAGAUAAAGAUAUGCAUCAUCCAGAUUUCCGAGCACCUCGAUGUUUUAUGGUUUCUAUAUUUUGACUCAUUGGAAGUAUUUCAAGAAAGGUUUUAAUUAAUGGUCUGUU